GUUUUCACACCAAUCUGUAAACAAGCAUGGCGGCUAAGUUGUUAGAAUGAAUAAUAUUGACAAAUGUCGGCCUAAUUUACCACUUUCAUAUCGCAUUUUUAGCAAAGCAUCUGCCUGUAUGAUAAAUAAAAUACGUUCGAGUAUAUAAACCAAUGUAAAGGACAGGUGAGGAUGAGUGAAGGUGGGCUCCCACCUGGGAUGUCUUUCCCACAGAAGGUCCAUACAGAAGAUGAAGACUUUGUUAUUGAACUGGACGAGAGCCACAUGGGCGGUCCCCAUGAUGGUUUUGGGAUGGAUGACAGAUCACGUUGCAAGCGAAGAAAACGAUGUGGUCAGUGUGGUCCAUGUCAGGUUAAAGAAAAUUGUAUGAAGUGCCACUUCUGUAUCAGAAAAGAUGUUUUGAAGCAAACAUGUAUAUAUCGCAAGUGUGUGUACUUGCGGUCAAAACCAAAGCCUUACAGCCGCCCUCACCAGAGCCCACAAGGGCGGAGUGUCUCUCCACCAAGGGAUGUUGUCAACUCUUUGCAAGUAAAGUCUCCUUCAUCAGUACAUUCAGGUGUACCUUUCCCGGAGUCUGGAGUGCUUCUUCCUGAUGCAAGGCCUGAAGGACAUCCCUUCUUCCCAUCUCACCUACCUCAACAAAACCCUGCUGCGACUGGGCCUGCUGUUACACCAAACAAUGGCUAUCUGUCUCCCCUAAACCCUGUGAUGGAACGCACUCCCUCCCUACCGAAUGCUGCUGGCAAUAAUAAUAUGAAUAUGCAGAUGAACAUGAGCCCUCACCCUCAUGUUCAGAACAAUGCAACCUCACCACCAGUUCCGAAAUCAUCUGAUCACACUUCACCCAUCAUCCCUCAGCCUGUAAACAGUCCGAUGGCAGCUGUACCUGGCAUUCCAACAUCCAUAACAACAUGCAGCAAUAUGCCUCAUAUUCCAGCACCUAUGCCACAUGUAGGACCAACAAUUCCAUCAGUAAUGCCGCAGAUGAACAACGGCUCAAUAACUGGCAUGCCGCACCUGCCAGCUAUGGGGGGUGUUGCCUCAUUUGGAGAGAGAAGUAUGAACGAUUUUAGAACACCAGACCAGUUCACCAUUGGUCCUCAUCACCCACAUGCCCAUUUCCCACCCGUCCCCCCACACAUGACCCAUAGAGAACCUACUGGAAUAUUUGAACACUCAAGACUUUCUCAUAUGAACUUUAAUCAUCCUUCAAAUCCAAUGGAUUCGUUAGGAAGGGGACCAAAUGAUUCAUCAUGCAUGUAUCACCCAGGCUUACCAUACAGUAUGCCAGGACAUUUUCAACCAAGUGGACCAUCUUUUCUGACUGGUGCUGCUGAAAUGAACCCAUUUAGAUCAAACUUUUUAAACUCAUUUCCUCCAGGGUAUUCGUAUCCUCCGGACAGGUACAGGGAGGGGUUUGGACCUCUCCCUUUUUCUAGAUUAGGAAUGUCAACUUCAACAUCAUUCCCACAAUACCCUGGACAGACUGGAGGAUAUGGUGUGGGAAACUCUCUAUCUCAACAGUACUACAAUUCUCAGCACGGGUGUCCAAAAAACGGCUCGCGCCCUCCUGUUUCACCCAGCAUUGACGAUGUGAAGGUGAUUCAGGAAGGGUAUAACAAUAAUGAAAUUAGUCAAAAUAACUCUGUAUCAGAGAUGUGUAACCCAAAGUCUAGUGAUGAUGGCGCGAAAAAGAUAAGUGAUUCAGGGUGUAGGAAUGGUGAUGAAUUCAGCUUUCCUUCUCUUGGCUUCUGGAGAAAAGAUGGCAAGAUAAAAUCAGAAAAGCUGGAUACCUUUCCUUGCAGUGCAUUUUCACAGAGAAUGGAACCCAUGAGACCUUGGGAAGAACUAUAUUUACCCCAUGCUAUGAUGAGAAAUGACCUUGUGUCUCCACAGAGCUCAAGGUCAUUACACUUUGAUCCGCUUUUAUCACCUUGGUAUAGUCCAAGACGAGACGAUGUGCGUAGUCGUGCAAGUACAAGUACGUUGUCCUCAGACUUUGAAAGUGAAGUUAUUGGUAUUGACGACCAGCAGGUCAAUGCUUUAAUAAGAUCUGAUGGAUGCAACAGUAUCGAGAUUGAGCUUGAUAACAGGUCAGUUAGUUCCAGUGAUGCAUCUCCACGAAAACUGGCAUCAAGAAGUUCAACAGUGGGCGGGUUUACCUCACUGGAUAAAACCAGCUAUUUUCAGCCCAUUGCAAGGUCAGUAAGCAGUGACUGCAUGUCGGAAGAAGAAAGAGAAAAUUCAUUCAAAAAGGCUUUUAAUUUAUUCAAACCAGGGGACAGUUAUAAGUUACAAAACAAAAUAUUCAACCCAGCUUUCAAAAAUUUAUUCAAUUCAGACAUGAAUAAAGAUGAAAAUGUAGCAACAAAGCCAACUACUAGUAUUGUACAAACAAGGUCGUUUUUCAAAGACAGUGUGUGUAUACAGCAGGAUCUGGGGGAGGAGGGUACCUUGCAGCUGGAACUGCCUGGUAACAAGGUCUACAUAGAGAAUGUUGUCUUCUCCGAUGAACUGCUUAGCAACAGCAGCAAUGUGGAGGAACUGAAGAGCUUUAUCAAGGGAGGUCACUCUUACAUUGUGACUGACUCAAACCAAGCAGAAACGGCUUAAGGUGCUGGUCAGCCAUCAAAAACAUUGUAGUCAUUGAAGCAUAUCAGUUAGCCAGGUAUUCAUUUAAAAGUAUACUGUUUAUUCAUUUAACAUAUGAUGUGCAACAACAAUUUCAUUAACGAAAUCCUCAAAACAUCAUAAUUAUUCAAUCUAAAUUUCUAUUAAUAUUUUGAAAGGCAGCAUAUAGUUUUAUUUCUAUAUAAACAGUUGUAUGUAGGCAUUGUCAAAGUGCAAGACUGUUCACAUUGGUAUUAGUAAUACAUGAUUUGUUUCAUGAUUUUUUUUCCUCUUAAAUUUUGACCAGAAAACCAACCUUCAUACACAACAAGAAAAGUUCAGAUAUCAUUUUACACAAUAUGUUUUAUUAUAUUAUUGUUUUUAUUGCAGACCUUUUCUUCCAACCUAAGGAAGUUGUCAUUUUUUUAUUUUUUUUAUUACUCUUGUGUUAAUGAUUCAAUUUCUUAAUAACUAAUUAGCCAUAAUUCAGUAAAUGACAGUGUACUAUAAAUGAAAAAAAGUUUUAAUGAAAUUGUGCAAUACCACAUACUUUAAAGAUUUUAUUUUUGUCAGUGCAGCAUAUGGCAUUUUGAAGAAGACUUAUUUGUAAGUGUUUUAGCAGAUGUCUGUAUUUAAUAUAAUUCAAUUGAACAAUAAUGUUUUGAAUGUGAGUGGGUGAUGGUAAAUACUGUAAUUAAAUACAGUAAAUGAACAAUGCUUGAUGUUUAGUUAUGUUUCUGUUAUUGAAGUUUUAUUAUAUAUAGCGCUCUACUCUGCAUGUUCAUUGUAUAUAUACCCUUUUUGUUAAAAGAUGCAAUAUUAUUUCCUUCGGAUGUUACACAAAUUGUUAUAUUAAUGAUUGAAUCUGUUUGUUUUAACGAUAAUUUUCCGUUAAUGAAUUAAAUUUGUAAUAAUGAAAUUUACACUUGCACAUGCACUUUUUACCUAUAUAAUAACUAAUUGUUGUGAAUCUUGUUUUAUUUUUACAUGUUUUGUAGUAAUCUCUUAAAGGUAUUGUUUGAACUGUUAUAUAUGUAAAUAUUAUAUAAAAAUGUACUAUAAUUCAAAUUGCACAGUUUAAGAAAAGUUCUGACAGUAGCUUUGACUAAUUAUGCUUUGUACAGAGAUAAUUGCCAUUAAGAUGUAAAUUUAAUUGUUAAAUGAUGAUUACACAACUGAAGUCAUCUCAUAUAUGCCAUAAAUUAAAUACUUGAAAAGUCAAACAUUAAAGAAAAUAUUGCAACACGUUCAAUAACAAUAUCCCCCUAAGUGAGGCAAAAGGCCUUUCAUUUCUGGGCAAAAUCCCUUGGGAGACCUUAAGAAAUAUGGCAAGUAUCAGAUACUGCCCCUUUUUUUAGAUGCAAUUAAAAAAAAACUGGGAUAAUGUCAAAAUCGCCCGGGGUUGUCUCCAGAAAUAUUGAUUUUUCUCCUUUUUUUACAGGAAGUCUUUUUCUAUUUUAAAACAAAAGCAAAACUACAGCUAAAGCAAAAAUAUAAUAAAACUUGUGUUUUCUUUUGAGUUGUGAUACAAGUAUGUUAUAAUUAUCCUUUGAAAAAAAAAAAGUAAAGAUUCAGGACUGCAACACUUUCAGUAAUGGAAGUAUAUAUUUAUAAUGGUUGCUUUGAUAUUCAUCAAAAUGCCAUAACAUUAUAUACUAGCGGAAAAAAGAACCAGUGCAUGUAACGAACUAUGUCUAAAAUAAUGUCAAGUGGAUCAAUGAUUACAUGUUGUUUACCUCAUCUAUAUAUUUGAAACAUAAAUGGAACUGUGAUAAAGAGGAACACUUUCUCAACGCAUCUGACAGUGGUCAGAAUUAAGUUAUCUCAAACAUGUUAUUUCUUGGUUUAUUUAAGAACAUGACUACUGUUGCAUACACAGUCUCUUUAUUCCGCAAGUAUAAUUUGUAAAUCUUCGUCUUUGUAAAUUGUAAUUUUAGUGCAAACUCUGUACAUUAACUGAUGACAGUGUUACUGUUUCAAAUAUUUAUCACUAAUUCCAAACAAAAUGUUUCAGUAUGUUAUAUUUUUACUUAAUACGUGCAUUGAAUAUUGUGUGUUUUUAAUUUUUAGUGCUAUGAUGUCUAGUCAGCAAGUUCAUGUUGUAAGAAUGUGUUAAAUCUCUGUAAACAUUUAAAACACAAAUACCGGUAGUUAUGUACAGCCAAUUCAGGUCAUGUCUUUGGUAACAGUGGUUGAAAUUAGAACGAACUCCUACCCCGGGCCCUUAUUACAGGGCUUACUGGCACUGAUUAUGGAUCUGUCUGGCACUGCUGACAAACUAGCGUGGCACUCUCUCUUCUGGCAAAUGCCUUUGGUCUCAAUGGCGGAAAAAAAUCCCAAAGUUGAAAUAGUUUUUCAAUUCUUGAGAAAUCUAUUGAAACAUAAUUUUCAGAACUUUUCGCUUUAGCAUCCCACACUAGAGCAUGAUUAUCGAUUUUCAGUGAUAUGCAGUAAAUCACAGCCCAAAACCACUACAGGGCCUGGCUUGAUAUCUGGACACUCCCCACCACCCAUCUCGAAAAGUGUUGACAACUUUUAAAUUCACAUGGGGGACUCUGUUUGGCACUGCUAACCAAGCUACCUGGCACUGCGUAUGGGUCUCACCGUCUGUCUCGCACUGCUUAUACCUCUUUUGUGGCUACCCGGCACUAUUUAAGUGUCUGGCAGCCAUUGCAUUACGGGGCCUCGAUAGUAUUUUUUGUUCUAGUGUUCAUAGGUUUUAUACUUCAUUAUGUAGUUUUGCUUGCAGACCUUAAUUUAAUUGACCAUUUAACAUUAUGGUGUGUAAUUAUUCCGAAAUGGAAAAUAUUGAGAAACAGAAGUUUCUGUACUUUCUAUUUUGAAUGAUCUCUUAUUAUGCAAUAAAAAAGUGAACAAUUUAUAAAUGACACAAAUUUAACUCAAACUCUGCAUAGAAGUGUUGUUUUUUUAUAUGGUUAAAGUAAAGAAAUGAUGAUUGUAAUUUAAAGGGAGGUUAUACAUGAUUGUUAGUUAUAGGUAGAUUAAAUAAACAUCAAUUAGACUAUUUUAAACUUAACAAAAUCACUGGAAAGAUAAAGUUAACUCAAGAGAAGGAUUAUGAUAGAGAAGGGUAAAUUCAGGAGAACCAGGCCCAAAUUUCUGUUUACUAAAGGCAUAUUAGUGUUUUGUAGCUUUAUCUCUGGUUGUGACACCUUAAUAAUCUAUGGUUAGAGACUUGCCAUUUUAUUGUUGACAUGGGAAAAACUUGCAUAUUAACAUAAAUGCAGAAUCAAGGAUGUUAUCAAAUCAAUUAUUAAUGGCUUAAAGCAUUUUAGGUUCUUAAAUUAUUUUAACCUUUGCUGUUCUGAUUCUGAAAGAUUUUUUACGCCUUUACAUGAAUUAGCAUUUGAUAUGUCCUGCUAAUGUGUUAGGCAAGUUUUGUUUUGAAUCAUUACAUGUGUUUUUCUCAAAUAUAGAUACUGUGCAUGUUCACCUUGUAAUACAGCGGUUAUAGCCUUGAUUAAUAUUUUAUUAAUUAAUUGUGGGAUUCUAAUGUUUGUUGUAAUAGUAAUUUUAUUAGUAUAUAUACAUACAUAAAAGGGAUGAUUUAUCAAAACAUAUUUGAAGAAUAUUUUUUUGUAAAUAUCAUCAAAAUGCCACAUCUUUUUAUGUAUUCACCAAUAGCUCUUAUGAAGCAUACAAUUAUGAAUUAUACUUACUGUUUGUGAUGUACCUUUAUAGUGAAAAGUGGAUGAGCAAUUUGAUGCAAAUCCUUUUUUAAAAAAUUUGGAAUCAAUGAGGCAUUAUGCAGCAAAUUUUAUUAAACUGUAUUAUGUAUUCUUUCUUAUAAUGAAGUAACCUGUGUGAACCUUUCAUUGGAUGUUUACAUAUACUAGUAUACUGAUUAGCUUUUAUAUUUGCAAAUAUAUUUACAGAGUACCUGUAUGGCAUAUGUCAUGUUUAAGGAUGUAAAGUUUAUUGGAGGUAAACAUGUCUGUACAUUAAAAAAAACAUGAUGUCAGUACAUUAAUAAAAAAACAUGAUGUCUGUACAUUAAUUAAAAAUAGCCUGUAAAUACUUUAUCUGAACUUUGGUGAGGCUUGUCAGUGCUGUCAAUGUUGCAUUUGUCUCGUGUUUGUUGUGAAAGGUUACAAUGCACCUGUUAUGUUAGGUGGAUUUUUUAUUAGAUUAUUUUGGUGCCAUCUUUCUGGCAAAUUACAUGAAGAAUGUUAAGGUGUCCCUUUUUUGGGGGAAAGGCUUUGAAAUACUUUUUGUAUAAGUGUUAACAAAACUCAUAGAACAGAAUACAAAAACAAAUAUAAAGCAUUCUGUGUAAAAUAGUUUAGAACAUGAUUGCAGUAUUAUUGGCUGUUGCAAAAGAAAGUUUGCAUUGCGAUCUACUUUAUUGUGUUUCCAAUAUGAAUAGGGAUAAAUAGUGUUUUUCCUCAAGUUGCCUGUCAAUCCGUCAGCCAGUCUGUUGAAGUGUUCAUCACAAAUCUUGUCUGUUCCAUAUUUCAUGAAAUAUAUUGAAAUAUUUUCCUACAAAUGUUUAUCAUAUUGAGACGAUGUGUAGAGGGCAAGUUUCAACUAGCUUGGUUCAAGGUCAAGGUCACAUGGGUCAAAAGUCAAUCUCUUGAACUGCUUGACAGAGUUAUUCUGGAUUUUAUAAUAACUGGCCACAAAUGUUCACCAUAGUGAGGCGAUGUGCAGAGCACCUGUUAUAUCCAACUCAGUUCAAGGUCAAGGUUACACUUAAGUCAAAGGACAUAUGGCUAUAAUAUGAUUAUAUUUUGUGCCCACUACAUAUCAUUUGAACCGCUUGAAGGAUUUCAAAAUAACUUACUAAAAAUGUUCACAAUAUUCAGAUAAUGUUCAGAGUGCAUGUUACAACCAGCUCAGUGGUAAAAUGUCAUAUGACUACAUUUUGUUUCUGCUCCAUAUCUCUUGAACAGCAUGAGGGAUUAUGGAAUUACUUACCACAAAUGUUCACCAUACUGAGACGUCAUGAUGUGCAUAGGGCAUAGUUUAAGGUCACACUUAGAGGUCAUAUGACUAUAUUUUGUGUUUGCUCCAUUUCUCUUGAACUUGCCACAAAUGUUCACCAUGAUGAGCUGACGUCAUACUUAGAAGUUAAAACAUAUUGCGACAGUGAUUUUUUAUUACAAAAAUAACCGUCUUGUUUGAAUAUGUUUCACAAUAUUUUUCUCUUUAAAACUGUAUUUCCUAUUUUGUAUAGAAAUUUAAAGAAAAUUAGGUAUCAUCAACUUUCUAUUCAUUUUCAUUUUAAACAAUUUACUUUUUUUAUACUACAAAACUCCUGAAGAAAUUUUUUUUGAAAGGGGACACUUUUUGCAACUGACAAUAGGUUGACGAUGUGAAAUAGUACCAUCACAAUUCAUUAUGUUAUACAUUUUUGCAUAAAUAGUAUUCAUAAGUACCAGGGUACUUAUAAUAUUAUGUCAUGUGCUGAACAUAUAUGCCAAACUUUGUUUAUAAAUAUUUAUGAUCUGAACUGCAUUUAACACAUAUGUUGACAUGUUGAUUUGUUUUCAUUGAUUAUAACCAGAUAUUUUGUGCGGUCCUUACUUGGGUUGUGAACAAAUGUAUUUCUUGAGCAAUAGACAUUUUAAUAUGUUGUCUCUCCGUGUUCUAUAUCGGUGUCAUAUGGUACAUGUAGUUUAUUCAUCUUCAUAGACCAAGUACAUCAAACCUAGUUAGAAAAUAAACUGUAUAAAUGAU